UAGUUUUUUAUCGUAUGUGCAUGUAAAUUUAAUUUGUCGCAGCGCCAAAACGUUUAGUUCUUUAGGUCAAUAAAUAGAUAGCUAAAUUAAUGUGCAAGUGAGUUGAUUUAUUUAAAAUCAACAAACACGAUCUGCAGUCAUGGCCGACAAGCGUCCGCUGUUGUUGCAGCUGAGCGACAACGAAAACGAUGCGGACGACAAGGAAUCGGAGGCUGCGAUGGCAACGAACUUCAAAUUGAAACCACAUGUUACUCCCACACUGAUCAGCUGUUACUUCAGGCAGCUGCUGCUGCGGCGCAAACUUUGGCUGUGCCUGCUUAUGAUGUCCAUAUGCUUUUACUUUCUACUAGGACCCGCAGAUAUUCUGGAACUACAAUAUGAUAAUGCUAUUGUGGCCGUACAUCAUCAGUCCAAUGCGCUGGAUAUGGAAGGUGAGCUUGAAAGGCGAUUAGUAGAAUUUUCUACGUAUAUGAGCUUACGGCCAGCUAUAAGUGGGCACUUGAUUGACUGUUGCUACAUGGGCAUACAGCGUGUGAGCGAGAACAAUGUCAGCUACACAUCCUGCGAGCGUUUGAAGAGCAGCGUACAGCUGUCCAACAGCACGGACAACAUCAUAGUCAAGUGCCUGAAUGAGGAGGAGCAGAUCUAUGUGAAUGGCUAUGCUACUAUACCGGAGCGCUGGCAGCUACGCGAACGCCUAAGUCAGUGGAGCAAAAUGGAUGCGCCACAGCAGCGUGUGCCCAGCGUGCUGCUCAUUGGCAUCGAUAGCAUAUCCAGAGUGAAUCUAAUACGCGCUAUGCCCAAAACGGCGCAGUAUCUAUAUGACAAUGAUUGGUUUGAGCUGGCGGGCUACAAUAAGAUCGAUGACAAUACGUUUCCCAAUAUUAUGGCGCUAAUGACGGGCUACAAUCUGAGCAGCGCCAUGCAGCACUGCAGUCCCUAUCGCGUCGAUGGCCUGGACAACUGCUCGUUUCUAUGGAAGCAGUAUCAGCAGCAUGGCUAUGCCACUGCCUAUGGCGAGGAUGCAGUUAAAAUCAACACAUUUAAUUACUUGAAAAAGGGCUUCAAGCAGCCACCAGUGGAUUACUAUUUGCGUCCGUAUUUGACGGCAGCAGAGAAGCUGCUGGGCGGCAAUGUGCUGCUGGGCCUGCCACAUUGCGUUGGCUUUGAAACGGAGGCGGAGCAUGUGUACAACUAUGCGCUGGAGUUUGCGCGCAGAUAUCGCAAUGACAGCUACUUUGGCUUCUUCUGGACGAAUACGCACAGCCACAGCGACAUUUCGCAAAGCAGCUCCAUGGACGACUAUCUGAAGGAGUAUUUGGGCAAGCUGGUCGCGCAGGGCACCAUGGAGCACAGCAUAGUGGUGUUCUUUAGCGAUCAUGGACUGCGCUUUGGACCCACACGCAACACCUGGUCGGGGCAUUAUGAGGAGCGCUUGCCUUUUCUAUUCAUUUGGCUGCCCAAGUAUUUGCGUCAAAGCCAUCCGGAAUUUGUAGACGCCUUGCAACUGAAUCGUAAUCGCUUGACCACGCCCUAUGAUCUGCAUUUGACGCUCAAGCACUUUCUGGCGCUAUCCGGACGCGCUGGCAGUCUGGCAGACAUGGGCCCAGCGCAGGAUUGUCCGCAAUGUCAGUCGCUGUUGUUGCCUGUGCCGUUGUCACGCAGCUGCCGGGAUGUUGCCAUUUCGGAUCAUUGGUGCACCUGCUGGAGCUAUGAUCAUGUCUACAAAAACUCCAAGACUGUGCGCCAGCUGGCCAAGUAUGUUGUGCACUAUCUGAACGACUAUGUGACCAGCUUUCGCAAUGGCAGCUUUGCACAUUUUUGCAUGCCGCUGAGCCUGCAAAGCAUGAGCAGCGCUUAUAAAGCGCAUGCCAAUCCCAUGGAUCCUGCGCACAUUAAAGUCUAUCGCCUCAUAUUUUAUACCAGUCCUAAUAAGGCGCUCUACGAGGCUACAGUGCGUCACAAUGAGAAACUGCCGGGUGAGCAGGGCAUGCAGGUCACAGGCUCUGUCAGUCGACUCAAUAUGUAUAAUGGCGAGGCGAACUGCCUGGGAGACUUUUCGAUUAGAAAGUAUUGCUUUUGUCGUCAGCAGAAAUAGUAGCUAUAGUUCUCUCUCGCACACACACUCUCUUUGUGUCUCUCUCUUGCUCUUUCUCCCCUCAAGUGCCGUUAUAUAGAUAUAGUAGUUGUUAUACUCGUACUUAGUGUUUUAGUAGCUUUAACAUUGCCAGCAGCAAUAACGUGAUAAUCUUUACUUAC